AGACUUACAGUGUACGACUUUUUUCUCCUCUUCCAAGUUCCAACCCUCACUGAGAGAAGACAAAUUGACCAAGGCACAGAAAAACCAGAAAUUUAUUUAUAUCCACACGCUUGUCCGUCUCCCUCAGCAAACUAUAUAAUGGCCACAGCUAGUUUUAGUCCUUUUCUCUCUGCCCCUGCAAAACGCCCCAUAAAUUCUAAUACCAUAAUGCCCGACCCCAACCCGAAUUACCCAAACGGAUCCUCUGCCAACAAACGCUCAAAACCCCAGCCUUCUGCUUCAGCUGCUCCGUUACCCGUCCCUUCGGGACAUGUAUCCUUCCGUCUUCUCUGCCACGGUUCGAGAAUCGGCGGCGUAAUAGGAAAGGCCGGAAACAUAAUAAAAGGCUUACAACAACAAACCGGAGCCAAGGUUCGGAUAGAAGAUGCUCCGUCCGAUUCACCUGAUCGGGUCAUAACGGUGAUCGGUCCGAUUACGCAAUCGGCGGUAGUAUUUAGUAGAAUUGAGAGUGCAGUUGAGGUUUCAAAGGGGCAGGAGGCUUUGGUUAGGGUUUUUGAGAGGAUUUUAGAGGUGGCGGCGGAGAGUGAUUCGGUGGCGGAUGGGGUGGUUUCUUGUAGGAUGUUAGCGGAGGUGAGUUCGGUUGGGGCAGUUAUUGGGAAAGGAGGGAAAGUAGUGGAGAAGAUUAGGAAAGAUUGUGGGUGUAAAAUUAAAGUUUUGGUUGAUAAAUUGCCUGAUUGUGCUGCUUCGAAUGAAGAGAUGAUUGAGAUUGAAGGGGAUGUUUCAGCAGUAAAGAAAGGACUUGUUGCGGUUUCUCGCUGCCUUCAAGAUUGCCAACCGGUUGAUAAGACAAGGGUGACCAACAGCAAACCUUCUGAGGCAGUUUCCAGAGUCUCUUUGUCUGAUGUGCGUGUAGAAAUCCAUCCACGGCAUUCUGCAGUGCUUCCCACCAUAGCACAGAAUUCAUCAGUGCUACCCACUAUACCACAACAUUCUUUGGGGCUCCCCACCAUACCGAAGAGCUCCAUUAAUUAUGCUUCCAGAGUUCAUCCUUUGUCAUUGGAGUCUGACAGGGUUGUCACACCAGAUACAAACAUACCACAACAGCAAGUGGUUUUUAGAAUUCUGUGUACUACCGAUAGGAUUGGGGGUGUUAUUGGAAAAGGUGGCAACGUUGUCAGGGCUCUUCAGAAUGAGACAGGUGCUGCUAUAAGCGUUGGACCAACGGUGUCUGAGUGUGAUGAGCGACUAAUCACUGUUACUGCAUCUGAGAACCCAGAGUCUCGGUACUCAGCUGCACAAAAGACUAUUGUACUUGUUUUCUCGAGGGCUGUGGAGUCUGGCAUUGAAAAGGGUCUGGAUCCUGGCUCAAGCAGGGGGUCACCUGUUACUGCAAGGCUUGUAGUUUCACCAAGCCAAGUAGGCUGUUUGUUGGGAAAAGGAGGCACUAUAAUUUCAGAAAUGCGUAAGGCAACCAGUACCAGCAUAAGAAUAAUAGUGGGCGACCAGCGUAACCCGAAGUGUGUGCCAGAGACUGAUCAUGUGGUGGAGAUUUCUGGAGACUUUGUGAAUGUGAAAGAUGCGAUAUAUCAUGUUACUGGAAGACUCCGAGAUAAUCUUUUCUCCGGCAUGCUGAGCACUCCUGGAGCAAGGAGCAAUUCUUCUGUAUUAGCUGAAAUCAGUCCCUAUGUGAAAUUAAUGGAUCCAGUGAGGGAUUCAUCGUGGGAGCCAGUGAGAGACCCACUGAGGGAUGCAUUUAGGGAUUCAUUGAGGGAAACUGUGAGGGAUCCUUUGAGGGAGCCAGUGAGGGAUCUGUUUAGGGAGCCUGUGAGGGAUCUGUUUAGGGAGCCAGUGAGGGAUUCACUGCGGGAGCCAGCAAGAGAUUCUGCCCCUUAUAUUAUGCAGCCAACAGCUGGAAAUUCUCAUAAUCUAAGUCGUCAAACUGUUAUAACACAGAAUAUGGACCACCUUGGACUUUCACAUAGUUUAGAUCGCCCUCCUUCACCAAGGUUGUGGGCAUCACAGACAAUACCUAGAGUAAAUCCACGGGGCAUAUCAGAUGUCAGCAGAAGAUUGCCUUCUCUUAAAGCUGGCUUAGAGCUUGGCAGUGGAGGCAAGUCUGCUUUUGUUACAAACACAACUGUAGAGAUUGUAGUUCCCGAGAAUGCCUUUGGCUCUGUAUAUGGGGAGAAUGGUAGCAAUCUAGCUCGUUUGAGACAGAUCUCAGGUGCCAAGGUAAUAGUGCACGAACCUCGUCUAGGAACAAGUGACAGGAUUGUUGUUAUAUCUGGGACCCCUGAUGAAACCCAAGCAGCUCAGAGCCUCCUUCAAGCAUUUAUCCUCACUGGACAAUCUUGACAAAAUAUAUUUGGUUGGAAUUAGUUUCACAAAGAAGUCACAGUUGCUUCUUUUAGCUUUGUUUUCUUUUAACCAAACUGUGUACGCAAAUCCUUGACUUCUUUUAUGCCAAAUCCUCACUUUUGGCAUAGGCAAUUCAACAAUAUGUUUCGUUGUCAGUGAACUAAUCUGUUUUCUGAUAAUUUUAUUUUCACAACCUAUUAUUUAUUUUGGUUUUUUGGUUCUCUCCAUCUUAUCAUGUCCUUAUCACAUUGCACCAUUAGACCUUGGAACAUUCAACUCAAACAAUUGGAUGGCAAAACAUCCACUGACAUGAAGCACAAACAAACAUAUACUAAAUUGUCUCUGCAUCGUGGAACAUGUCCCUUCAAUGAUAUCUAUACCACAUGAUAAAGAACAUACAUUGUGUUAUAAUCUUGUUGCAGAUUUCUAUGGGCAACAGAACAUUCCCUAAAAAAUGAUUUAAACUUGACCGGGAAGGCUAAACUCACUUACGUAAGGACACGAAAGAACAAAAUCAAAGCAUAUCUGCAUUGUAGAACUAUCCAUCCAUCUUUUUUCCCCCUACCCAGAUGUAGUGUAAAUUAAUGCAAACCAGAGUCCAAAAGAACAAAUGCUUCUUAAAUAAGAUGAGCAUGACAUGCUUUUUUUUUUUCUUAUUCUUGUUGCCGUGGGUAAAAAAAAUUUCAAUUCAAAUGGAUUGCACUUGAAUUACGAAACAUCCUUGCUUGAGGACAUGAAUGAAUGCUGAAAUCUGUAUAUGCAUCAUAGAACAUACCCCUGCAACAAUAUUCUUACAUCACACUAACAUGUCAUCUAGAAUCUGCAAAUAUUCUGUCCAGAUGGAUGGAAAAAUGUAUCUGCAUUGUAGAACAUAACCCGGCAGUAAUUUCAAUUUCAUUCCUUGUUCUGCAAUUCAGAAUCUGCAAAUAUUCAGUCCCUAACUGGUUCAGGUUGUCAAUUUAUUGAAGUGUAAUAAUAACUUCAUCUCAAUGCAUGCAUGGAACCAUCUUAACCGUGGACUCAGUGGCAGACUAGAAACUUUCUCUAGGGACAGCCAAAGCAUAUACUUAGCUCAUUCAUAUAUGCACAUUCAUGAAGCUGGUAUACAUAUGUAACUCAAAAAUGCAGAAGAAAUUAACAUGUACAAUGGAAAUAGCAUUCAAAACCAUAUGUUAAAAGUUUGUGUUAGUAAUUGCCAAUAGACUCUAUUUUUUUUUUUUUGAGUACUUUAGCUAAUUUAUGUUCUAAGAUCAUAGGACUGAUCAAAUGAGUCAAUGUAUGCUGUUGCUGCUUUAAUGGUAUGAGAAGAAACAUGAAUAAAUUCAAUACGAUGAAAAUAAAUGUUCAAAUUCAUAUGAAUGGAACCCAGCUACAAAGACAAAUAUAUGAAUUAAAUAUGAGCAACAAAGAAAUUCAAAAGGGAAAUUACAUUUCCAUUCAGAAACAACCCAAGAAGAAGAAAAAGAAAAAACAGUAUUUCGCGGAUUAUUGCCAUCACUGGAAAACAUUAAACAUUGAAGAUCAUGCAUAACAUUGGGGGGGAGCUUUGGGACUUUGAGAGGCACCCCAGCUGCCUCCGCUUCCCCGCUGAUGGUUUUUUUUCAGUCUCCACCUCUGGAUAGAUGAUAUGUAGAGAGUGAAGUUUUGAACCAAGGCAACAUCUUAAUUUGAUUGACCACGAGCUUUUUUGAGUGUGGCAAGUUCAGAUGAUUAGAAGCAAAAUGCUUGUGGAGUUCAUGAUAUUUGUACAAAGCAGAAAGAAAAAGAUAUUUCAGGUGUAUAUAUACUAUUAAUUAAUAGGAUCUGUUGAGGACAAAGAGUACAUCAACUCUUUGAAGAUUAUUGUUUUGAUCACAAUUUUGGCACAUGGCUCAAUAUUUUCCGAGUGAGGAAGGGCUGUGAACUUGGUGGAUGUCUCUUUUGUACAAAACCUUUUUUUCUUUUCUUUUAUGUGAGAGAUGAGAAACACAUCUUGGUGCCUACUUUUGUAGAUUUUGUUGACGUUUCAUUAUUCAAAUAAAUCAAUAACAAAAUAAACUUGGACAAUUAUCAAAAUAUACUAAAACGCCUUGCUAAAACAUUGCAGUGAUGUACAGUAGCGCUGGAAUUUUAUUCCAAUUCAGUCCUUAAAUUUUUUUCUUCAAUUGCAUUGAAUCCUAGUUUGUCCAAAAUUGUUAAGAGAAGACAAAUUCAUUGAAAAGGAUCAAAGUGGUCAAACAAGGAGAAACUUGUGGCCAAUGUAAAAUUGGGUGGAAAGUUCCUUUUCAUCCUCAUACUUUUCUUUUCCUACUUUUAUAGUCCUUAUAAUUUAAAAUUUGAUUCAAAAGUUCAUUUCAUAUACAUUUUAGUCCUUGUAAGUGAGAGAGGGGAGAGAGAGAGUCACUAGGUUCUGGAUAGAAAGAUCAUCGGUUGACAUUGAUUUUGACCACACAAAUCGUCAAUCUUGGUGUCAAUGAGUUCUAUUCGACAAGAUGAGUUUGAUAGUUGUUGUUUUUAACUUUAAUCUCACCUAGCAAAACAAGUCAGGGUUGAGAGAAAAUCAUUCUUGGUUUGAUUGUGUUUUUGAACCAUUUUGGAGGGUUUUUGGGUUGAUAAUUUCUGGAGGUUUUAAAGAUUUUUUAGGAGAAAAUUAGUUGAAAAUGAGUUUUUAGACAAAAAAAGGAAAAAAAAAAUCAAACCUGAAUUCUUGCCCAGAUAACACACGUUAUUUUUUUUUCAAAAAGAAUUAAUUUUGGAAUUCCACCCUGGAGAAAAGAAAUGAAAAACUAAAAUGGCCUAGCUGGCAUGGGCUUUGUUUCAAGGGCCUGGGUGUACCAGGUCAGACUCGUGUGUCUGAGGUUUUUUUUUUUGUUUUUUUUUCUAUAGGUUUUUCAAGUUUCUUAAUUUUUAUUUUAUUUUAUGUUUUUUUUUUUGUUAUUCAAAGGGACAUUUUGAUAAAUAAAAAAUGGCAUGUAAGAGAAAAUAUGAAUAGACAAGGAUGAAGAAGUUUACAACAUUUUUUAAAAUUUUAUUUCAUUAGAUAUUUGAAUUGCUAAACAAGAUUUAUUUAUGUUUUUUUCUCAAGGAAAAAAGAACAGUUAUAACAAAAUGCACAACUUAAUAUAUAUGUACAGCCAAAUUUAUAGUUAAAUAUAUAUUCAAAUUGUUAAAAUAUAAUUAUGUCUUGAAAAAUAAUGUUACAAUAUAUUUACCACAUAAAAUAUAUGAGCAAAAGAUUGAAUAAGAAAUCGUUGAAUUAAUUUUUAUGCUAUGAUGACUAAUUAAAUAAUUUAAGGAAUUAUAAAUAACUCUUAGGUACCGAUCAUUUGCUAUUUGUAUAAUAUGUGUGGAUAUUUAAUGAAUAAUUAAUUUCGUUUUGUUUCUUGACCUUUUUUUUAUAUUUAAUUUUAGCUUUCAACAAUAGGUUUGUGUUAAUUUUUUCUUUAAUUCCAUCUUUCAUAUCUGUUUAAUUUUAAAUUGGUCUUUAUAUUUUUUUUAAUCAUAUAACUAAAUUAAAAAAAAAAGUUAUCGAACCCGUUGGAGUCUAUGACCUAGAUCCCAGGUUUGAUGGAUUAACUUGGGUCGAUCCAAUACAUUGCCAUCUCAAUUUUUUUAAAAUGUCAUUUUAAAAUUUUUAUGUUUAAUUUUUUUUUUAUCCGACUGUGAUAUAGCACAGGGGUAACCACCUAGUACAUACUAUUGGCAAGGUGCUUUCCUUGUGGUCAGAUUUGGACCAAGUUAACACCAUUUUUUGGUUAGGAGGAGAAAAUGAAUCCAAUGAAAAUUGGAAAGGAUGAUGGGGGAAUGACAGUGAUGAUUCUUUCUCUGCGCUAAUAGGAAGAGCAGAAAGCAAUCCAUUCUAUAGUUGUUGGGUUAGAGGAAGAGGAGAUGGGAGAGUGAAUAUUAGUCAAAUGAUAGAACGAUAAAUGUCCCCUCAAUUCCCAUUUAGAUGGAUUGAGAAUGCAAGGAUCUAAAGAAAUAUAUGAAUUUAUUUUAUUUUUUUCUUGAGUAUACAUGUCUAAACAAACAAGAGGAUCACGUCCUUCCCCUUGUAUUCAUCUAACCCAUUACACCUUGGUUAGAACCCAAAUUUCUUUUAUGGGUUGAAGAAGAGGAGAACUACAUGAUCUUGGAAAGAGAGAUCUCUCUUUCUUCCUGAAGCAUACAUCUGCCUAACUAGAUGAAAUGAACUUUACACUUGCAUGCAAAUAUAUUGUAGAUGAAGGCAAACAGAGGUUCAUCCAAUAAUGUCUUAAUUGGAUUUAGAACAACAAUGCUAUCUAUACAACAUGAUAUUUGACACUUGACAGAACAUGAUCUGCUGGAAGCUAACCCAUUUACGUUUAAUUCUUUACAUUCUUUACAACCGAAGCAGUUGCUGUUCCUGAUGCUAGCAGGGGUGCUGGCUUGAGAAUGAUUUCGACAUUAUCAUGGACUCCUUGUAGCAACAAUUCACCCUCAUAUGAAAGAACUUUACGCUUCUUAGCCGCUCUUAGUGUACCAACCAGUGCUUCAAAUAUGUGUGCACACCUAUCGACAUUAAACAACACCAAAAGUGACCUACAAAGCAAUAAUAAAACAGAGUUUAUGGUGGGGCAAAAUACUUGAUGACAAAACAGCAUGUUAAGUUAUAAUUACAGGAAUAGAAACUACAGAUUCCAACUUCCUAGGUCUAGUUUCUUGUAAUUCAAGAUCAUGCCUUUUCACACAGACUUGUGCAUGCUGCGUGCACUCAAUAGAUUUUUCUUAAGUUUGUCUAGGGAAAAGAUUGUAAUAUCCAUUACAAAGUGAAGAUACGUUUACUUACAAUUUGAACCAUGUUUUGUAUGGAGUAAUGAAUGGAGAAUACCUAACUAGUAAGUCGUAUGCAAUGCAUUAUGUUUUUACUUGAGUAUGGUCAGAAAACCUUCAAGAAUCUGACACAGAUGUUAGGAACCGGAACACAGAAAUGAUCCAGAUGAGGUAUUUUGUUAUUUCUUUUUAUUCCUUUUCUCUUUGUUCGAGUGGAGAUGUGUGUUAAACGGUGUUUCGAUAGGAACUGAUUUGGUUUUUGUGAAGCAUUUUUUCAUGUUGAAAUGGCUCGAUCAAAUAUGAGAAAGGCAUACAAUGCAAGAUUGCAAGGAUGCUGGGAACCAGCUCUAGGGCACUCUUUUGUAAAUGCUUGAUAUGAAAUUAUGAAAUAAGCAGUCUUUGCAGCAGAAAGAGUAGAUUAGUUGAAUGCACAAACAACUGAUAUGGAUCACUUUGUAAUAUCUGAGUAAAUGUUAGUUUUACCUAUAUCUUUUUUUCCCCUCA